CGAAGUUGAGGAAUCCGGACCGCGCCCUCUGUUCUGCACGUUAUCCGAGUCAUGGAAGUCAGACCGUUCUGAUCUUCUUCUCGCGACGGUUCUCAAAAUUCACGGACAUCUACACGAGGUAGACCUCAAGGCAGCCAAUAAAGUCACUGCAGUUGAGGCCUUCUACUGACGAUGUCUUCCGCUCAGCCCCCGGCCAACGAGGAGGAAGCCAAGAAAGAGAAGAAACAGAAGCGAAACGGCCAACCUGAAGUUGCUAUGGCAAACGACGGCGUGGAGCUUCGCAAUCUGGGAGGUGUAACAUCGAUUAAUAUUACAAUGAAGGCGGCUCCCCUGGACCCUCAAGGAGUACCGCCUCCAACGAACAGAAGCUCUGCUUCAGCUUAUGCAGGGGCUGGCUUCGAUGCUGGCAUCGCUGUUGCUACUGGGGCAAAUGGAAUGGCCGUUUCCUCGGUUCCACGUCGUAGGUCCUCCUCAGCUAAAUGCACCAACAGGAACGACAUCGGUCGCGCAGCGGAGAAUGUGGGGGGCCCUAUGUGCGCUAUCAACAUCUCCAGGAGUUAUGGCACGAUUCGGGAGGAAGGCAGUUGCCAGCAGCCCCGAGCUGUGAAGAGCAACAACAGCAAACCAUCCCUCCAGGUCGUAUCAACCGAAACCAUUGCAAGGCGCCAGUGCAUUUACAAUGUGGAACAAGAGCAGCCUAAGCCCCGUCCGACGUCACCGUCUACAUUCUUGCAGGGCGUGGUGCAAAGCGCGCCUGGCCGUUGCUCUGUGAAUGCCCUCUGUCAGGCGGUCCCCGCUCAACAGGCACCUCCACAGGUGUCUCCGGUGUACAUGGGACCACCAUCAGCGGGUUACCGGGCUCCCAGCAUGCCGCAGCAACAAAUAGCUGCCACCCUUUCAGGAUCCAAGGCGGGUGAAACAGUCUCUGUAUGCUGCCGAAGCAACACCCAGCUGGGCAACCCUAUGAACAUUCCCCAAUACGAGCAGCCCCGUCAGGCCAGCUUACCACAGCAAAGACAGAUAGAAGCCACUCUUUCCGAAUCCAAAGCGGGUCAAACAGUCUCCGUAUGCUGUCGAAGCAACACCCAGCUGAACAGAAGCCCUAUAAACCCUGCGCAAUACGGGCAGCUGAGUCAACCCACCUUGCCGCCACAGCAACAAGUCGCAGCCACACUCGCAGGAUCUAGGACGGGUCAAACAAUCGCUGUAUGCUGUAGAAGCAACACACAGGUGAACGCGAACCCUACCAAUAUUGCACAGUACGAACAGCCAAGCGCUCCACAGCAACGACAAGUAGGAGCCGCCCUUUCCCAAUCUAACGCGGGUCAAGCGGUCUCUGUCUGCUGUCGAAGCAAUACUCAGCUGAACAGAGGCUCUACUAACCUCGCCCAAUGCGAACAGCCGUCUCAGCCGACUUACCAGCCCCAGCCCGCCCGUCCGCCUCAGUCGACAGCUGGAUACCAAGCCCAAGCUUACCAGGCGUGUCCUGCAGGUGGAUACCAGGCAUCAAUUGCAACGGGAAUCCAGGCACCGCAGCCGCUGUCUGCUCUAAACCAGAACGCAGCACUACAACCACAAUUCCAAGGCCAAGGCGUUACAACUAACCAAGAGGUUACAGCAACGGGAUACCCAGCACCACCCCAGCCUUGCUCAAUGGACCCAACAUGCCAGGCGGAGGCUCGCGUCAUAAAUUGCCAAGGGGGAUACCAACGGGCACAACAGCCUUACGCAAUGGACCCAAGAAGUCAGGCAGCCGGUGUUACAGCAGCAGGAUAUCUCAACCAACCUGUGCAAGGCUACGCUGCCGCUGCACCUGGGCAACCAGUCAUCCCGGUGUCACAGCGUUCCCCUCUUUCUGUUCAGAUGGCGUCGUACGAACCGAGAGAUGUAUCUCAGCCGGCCUCACUGGUGCAACAGCAGACAAUGUAUCAACAGCAGCAGUGCGUCCCAGAUUCUGGGGCGAUGUACCAGCAACGAACCAUAGGCUACCACAGAUCUCUCGAGUUGAUCGAUGGCCAAGACCAAAACCGCAAUUAUGUUGCACCAACGCAACCUCAACCAGCAUCGACAAGUAUUGUUUUGGGUAUUGAGCUGAGAAAGAGUUCAAAACAUGACGCGUCAAGCAAGAGCAAGAAAAAGGAGGCAAACCCAAGUAGCGGUGGCAAGUGAUCCUGCUCGGUUGUAGUUGGUGUAAUGACGAUCCGGUUGGUGGUAAGGAUCGAUUAAAAGGACUCAUGUAUUAA